AUGGCCUCCAAACACCAGGCCCAAGCUGCUUCAGCCCGCGGCAGAAAUACCGUCUCCAAGCCCUUGAGCUCGUCAGCUACCGCGAGCUCUAGAGCAAAGCAGGCUGUUCCCCUUCAACGCGCCCAGAGCACAAACUCAACCCCAUUUGCAAAAUCAUCUGCUAAUGCCAAUACGACAAAGAUUUCGUCACUUUCUCGAACUGCUUCUGCUGGAGCCAACGUGAGGCCGAAACCGAACCCCUCAAAGCCAUUGGACAAGCCUUCACCUGUGGUGAAUGCGAAUGUUCCGGUUGUACAGACGGAUAAUGUUCCAGUGGCAAAGCCGGACGCCUCUUCAUCCUCCAAGCCAACAUCGACAUCAACCCCACCCAUCGAAGAAGAGACCCCGACGCGAACUUCAGAUCCCUUGCAAGUCGCUGCGCAGGCUUAUCCAUGGAUGUACAUGACAUCCACGCUGGAAGCGUGUUUUGCGUCAUCGGAGCAAGUGGCAAAGAACGACCUCGAAACCCGCGCAAAACAGAUCUCAGAGGAAGAAUCCGAAUUAUCGGACCAACGGACUCGGCUUGAAGCGGAGCGCGCAAUUGACUUUUAUGAUGAAUUAGCGACGGACACUUUCGCCAGAGAUGCCCCUCUUAUUAUGAAGACAUAUCAUUCGCACGGCGAUGCCUGUACACGUCUUGAGGCGGAGGCGCUUAACCUUGCCGUGCGCGGCUCGGCGGUUCCUGAUGAUGAUGCCCCUUUGCAAGUUUACGCUGACAUGCUCGACAGUCUCGAGGAACUUCAGGCAGAGGCGUCAGACCUGGAGUCAUCCAUCCUCAAACUCACAUCAAGUACGCCGGCGAAUGACGACGCAGCUACUGAAUCAUCAUCUGCGCGGGGACAGAUCAUCAGUGUCAUCGCGGCGUGUCUCCCCGUCUUACAUGCCCGCAUCGCGAAUUUGACAAUGGCACAAGACCUCAUUGACAGUGCCCAGGAGAACUUGAGCAUUAGUUUACGCAUGGAGAGUCUUGGUUUAGAUGUCUAA